AUGAUGCAGGAUUUAAAAAAAUGUUUACGUACUAAAUUGAUUGAGUUAAAUAUAUUUACAUUACGUGAUAUUGGAAGUGAUGUUGAUCGAAUAACAGCAAAACGUUUUGGUCAAUGGGCGACUCGUCUUUACGUUAUCUUAUUUAUCAGUGCUCUCACUAUUCUUAUAUUUUAUACAAUUAUUCGACCGCAUAUACUGACAAAAAAUUUUGAUGAACCAUCUUUUAUUUUCUACAAUCAUUUGAGAAAAACCUAUGGUGAUGAAUUAAAAUGCAGAUGCUCAAAAAUAGCAUUUACAUACAAUCACUUCGUCGAAAUCGAACCAAUCUUUCAUUCGGUAUGUACAAGUGAAUUUGUUUUGGAAGGAUGGCGACUCGCUUUGGUAAAGGGUCUUGAUCCUAAUUUAACUGUAUAUGAACAAAAAGAUUAUCGUCAAUUUCUGUCGGCUCAUUUACAAUAUCUUCAAGGAUUAUGUCAACUUUCGAUACAAUCAGUAAAUAAUUCUAUCGAUGAAUUUUUGACAUCAUUAUUAGUUACUGUCGAACUUCUCUCCGUACUCAACUUUGAGAAUCGUCUGAAUAUCUUAACGGAACAGAUUAAAAUCAAUGCUCCUAUUCUAUUUUCUCGUCUUCUUUCUUCAACUCAAAGUAUUUUGCAUGGAAAUGCUAUUAUAUCAACUUAUGGAACAAAUUUCAACUAUAGGAUUUUAGCGUAUGGGUCUAGGGAUGUUUAUGCAUAUACAGAAGCUACCAUCUAUGACGAUGAAUGUUCAUGUGGAUUGUCUCCAAAUUGUACAAUGCAAGGAACUUUGAUUGAAAGAAAUUCUUCAAGAAAGAUUCCUCUCAAAGGUGUGCGAAUGGGAUGUACACCAAGUCAAUCAUUUCUUGUUUCGACUCUUGAAUGUUUCUAUGAUCAAUCAUGUCUUGAUCUUAUUCAGCAUUAUACAAACUAUGAAAAUUCUUUAACUCCUCUUUCAACAACAAAUCUUAGCCAUUUUUCACAGAAUACAACAAUAGGUGAACUUAUAAAUAAUUUAUUCAUUGAACAAUGGUCAACACAAAUAAAUUAUUCAUCAUAUUAUCAACAGUGUUUGCCUUCAAUUUGUUCUUAUACAACUAUUGAAAAGUUUAAUAUAUUUCAUACAAUCACCGUGAUACUUGGUAUUCAAGGUGGUUUAACCAUUGUCCUGAAAUGGAUUUGUCCAAAACUUGUUCGCAUUGGAUCAAAAAUAUACAAUCAUCGAAAAAAUCAAUCAAAUACUGUUCAUCCUAUUAAUACAAAUCAAGUUUCAUCUAAUGCAACGUAUAAUACAACUAUUCAAAAUACUACUUGGAAUAAUAAGAUUACAUCAAUGAAUAUAAGAUUACAAAAUAAUGUUAUACCACGUGGUCAAUCGAUUUUUAAGAUGAUAUUUGUUAUUAUACUACUAAUAUGCAUAUUAGUAGGUGCCACUGUUUUAUCAGUAUAUUAUGCUCGACAAAAACCAUCAUUGUGUCAUCCUGCAUUUAAACAACUAUCAAUUACUACAUCAUGUCAAUUGAAGACUCCAGGUGCAAGUGUUAUUGCUGAUGUAAACUCUGAUAAUCAAGUUGAUCUAAUUUUUCCUUGUCAGUAUGAUCGAACAGUGAAUAUAUUAUUUGGGACUGGUAAUGGUACAUUUCAAACAAUGAUGGUAAUUUCUUUUGAAACUUAUUCUUGGAUAUAUCAUAUUCGUG